UCCUCUUACUAACCCUUUCGACUACAUAGCUACCUGCAUUUUCUGUCAUUUCUAAUCGCAAAAAUUUUGCGCCACGCGUAAGUGUGCACAAACAUCAGAACAUGCCAGCCACGCCGGUCGCCGUGGCUGCCUCCGGUGACACAAACAUCGUUGAGGACCUCUACGGCUUCCUCCGUGUGCUCAGCGACGGCACCGUUGUCCGGUCACCGGACCCGCCGAAAUUCUGCCCCAUCACCUUCCCCUGCGACCACCCUUCCGUGCAGUGGAAGGAGGCCGUCUACGAAAAGGGCAAUAACCUCCGCGUCCGCACCUACAAGCCGUCGGGAUGCGGUGAGCAGGCCGGCCGGAAGCUGCCGGUGCUCAUCUACUUCCACGGCGGGGGCUUCUGCCUCGGCUCGUGCACGUGGGCAAAUGUCCACAGUUUCUGUCUCCGCCUCGCCGCGGAGGCCGGCGCCGUCGUCCUCUCCGCCGGAUACCGCCUCGCUCCGGAGCACCGCCUCCCUGCGGCCCUCGACGAUGCGGCCGGCUUCUUAAAAUGGCUGCGCGAACAAUCCGUGAGCACCGAGGCCGAGGACGGGUGGCUCACGGAAGCGGCCGACUUUGGCCGCGUGUUCGUCACCGGGGACUCGGCGGGCGGGACCUUAGCGCACCAUCUCGCCGUGCGCGCCGGAUCGGCCACGCCCAAACACGGCGAUGACGUGGACUCUGUCACGAUCAAAGGCUACAUCCUGCUAAUGCCGUUCUUGGGCGGCGUGGACCGGAUGCGGUCGGAGGCGGUGGAGUUCCCGUGGGCGGAAGCGCCGUUCAUCAACCUGGCCAUGCUCGACCGAUUCUGGCGGCUGUCGCUGCCGGAGGGAGCCAGCAGGGACCACCCGAUCGCGAACCCCUUCGGGGCGGACAGCCCUGGCUUGGGCUCGGUGGAGUUCCCGCCGGUCCUCGUCGUUUCCGCCGGCACCGACUUGCUGCACGACCGCACCGUCGACUACGCAGAGCGGCUAGCGGGAAUGGGCAAGCCGGUGAAGGUCGUGGAUUUCCCCAACGAGCCACACGGGUUCUUCACGCUGGAUCCGUGGUCUGACACCACCGGCAAGCUGAUCCGGCUCGUCAGCAUGUUCGUCGUCGACAGCUGCGUCGCGGCGCCGAAGACCGCUUGAUUCGCAGUGAAAAUUAUUCACUAAACCUGAGGACCGGGACGAUAUGGAGGUAUUGAUCAACAAAGUUCGGGAGUCUGCCAAUCUGCUGUUUCCUCCUGUGGCCGCUACUACCUCAUAAUGGCGCCUUGCUUUUUGUCAUCUAGGUGUAGGUUGUUGGACUGAGUGCCUCCUAUCUGUCUUCUUCGUCUGUGCCUUUGAACUCCAGGCUGUUGUCCCCCUGUGGUUUGGUCUUACUUUCUGGUGUCGUGAUGUACGUUCGGUUGGUGGGUUUGUCUCGUACUCUGCCGUGUGGCUUUAGUUAUAAAGUCGGGCUUAUGCCUUUUCU